AUGGCGCCCAGAGAAGGAUGGUCUUAYMAWGAAAUGAAACWAGAUUUYAGUCUGAAAAACUGCAAAACCUACGAAUGUAAAAUGAAAAAAGAYUUAGGCAAUGGUUGGUUUCGUUAUGGAGAUAGUGCCAUCAAGCUCUUUACAGAGAAGAAAAACUGGACCGAUGCUCRUAGCCAUUGUCAGUCAUUAGGUGGUGAUCUUCUCUCUAUUACCAGCUCACACGAGAAUGACUUUGUCAACGAUGUUUUUAUAGAAAACCUAAACUUGACGUACGUUCAAGAAGAUAAAAAGCUGCCUUUUCCCUAUGUCCAUUUUAAACUUAACGGAGACGAGUCAGAUAACAAGACACUUGAAGGUGAUCGAGUUGAUUACAAGAUCGACGGAAGAGAAAAAGCUUUAUACUUAAAUGAUGGACAACCGGRAMUGACGAAAAUCCCAUCCAUGUAUCCAAACCCAGCUGCUUUCACYCUUCUUUUUUGGGUAAAACCCUUGGAGCCGCUAGAGUCAGCAUACGUACUAAGAAUAUUCAAAUCAGCCAAUGUUGUAUUUAAGCUUCAAUWUGAAUCUUCAGGAGAUGGAAUUGAAUUGACUAUCAAUUACAAAAACCUUGGAAAAGUUAGCUUCCAACCAAAUGUUUGGCAGUACCUUUGCGUAUCCUGGAAUCAAARCACAACAACGGUUCUCUUUGGUAAAGACGCCAAGUGGAUUGUUAAAGAUGAUAAAACGAUUACAUCAAUGGACACACUWAAAAGUAGCUUUCGUUUUGGCCGAUCUUCUAACGUCAAUACCCAUGGCUUCUACAAGCAUUUGGUUCUCGUCAACAGCACGAUUUCAAAGCACGAAAUUCAGACUUUUAUGUAUUGGCAUGAGCAAGGAGUAUGGAUUGGUCUAAACAACCCAGAAGGAAGUGAUGGCUUUAGCUGGUCUGAUGGUACCCCUGUGGGGCAGUUUAUUAACCUACCAGACUACAAUCCAGAGCCCAACAAAUCAGGAAGAAAGUGUGUUGCCAUGGCAAAGGAUAAGAAAUGGUUGGAUAAACACUGUGAUUUGAAGUACCCAUUCCUGUGCGAGAAACCUGCACCACCUUAGAGUCUAUUUACGGCUAAAUAAACUUGAGAACGUAGCUAAAUAUUAUACAGCAUCUUUAUUAAUUACUAGUGAAGAAGAACACUAUUUCCUCGUAAAAAUGACUAAAUUUUAAUAUCCUUAAAUUGAAUUAUUUGAAUAAUUUUUUACUUUGCUCUUAUUUCAUGCUUCGGAAAACUGAGUGCCAGGAUUCAGUUUUUAAAAUUCACAUAUCUGUAUCUCAAUGUAUAGCUAUAUUCAAAUA